UCUGAUUGGCUACACCCUAAAUAAACAUCUCACAGGUGGCCUGGUGUAGAGAGGGGAUUUUCAUAGCAAGAGAAGUGUAAAGCGAUGGAUCUGAAUGGGGAAUCACAGCUGAUGAUGGAGAUGUCAAAUGAGAGCCUGGAUCUCUUCUCCUCUUUUUUUCCCCCACUCUCUCCUCCUUCUGAUCCAGAGAUUCCGCUCCUCCCUUCUUUCUCAGCACCUCCAAAGCACUCGAGCCUCUCAUCCCUUCGCUACAAGACAGAACUGUGCACCAGAUAUGCAGAGAGUGGAUUCUGUGCCUACAGGAAUCGCUGCCAGUUUGCCCAUGGUCUAAGUGAGCUCAGGCCUCCAGUUCAGCACCCUAAAUACAAGACAGAACUGUGUCGCUCCUUCCACGUGCUUGGUACCUGUAACUAUGGAUUGCGUUGUUUGUUCAUUCACAGCCCACAGGAGAGAAGGGAGUCUCCAGUCUCCCCUGAUGCCCCUCGUCUUCCAACACGCAAGUAUGCUGGCCCUUAUAGGGAGCGGUGCCGCCUCUGGCGUUCUCCUGGUGGCUGUCCUUAUGGAGCUCGGUGCCACUUUCAGCACCCAAAAAGUAGUCGGGAGGUUUGCCGUCACUUUGCUGCUCUUGGAGACUGUCCAUAUGGAGCCCGUUGCCACUUCUCUCAUAGCCCUCCCCUUGACAGGUGGGGUUCAGGAACAAAGAACAGCAGUGGGUCCCUCUCACCUUCAGAUCCAGACCCCGAUAGUGACCCUGGCACUCCUGUCCUCUCAGAAUCUCCUGCUAAUAAUGCCUUCAGUUUUGCAAGCCUUCUCCUACCUCUUGCCCUGCGUCUGCAGAUUUUGGGAGAUGAGGAAGACUUACCUACUGCUACUGACCCACUGCCUGGAGAUGAAGAAAUUGCCCAGGGUCUACUUUCUGUUCUCGACUAAAAUUUACCUUUUUUAAUUUCAUGACACUGGCACAAUGACCCCCUCCUCUGGUGUAGGAUUAACAUGCAUAGCAUGUUUCCCCAGUUUUUCACUUCUAUGCCAGCAGUGAGAAGCCAGUUUGUUUUAUUUAGAUCCUUCAUUUUUCUCUUGUACAUAAGCGUGUUAAUUUAUUUACCCACCUGGCUGCAGUUAUGUAUGUAUUUUAAUAUUGGUAAGUGGCUGGUGGUUCUCAGACAAGAUGUUUUUAUGUCACUAAUUAAAGUGUGAUUUUUAUUAAAUCUGUUUUAAACAUA